AUGCCCGAUGACCCAGAGAAUGCCAUGCCAUUUAACAUGGAGAACGCCAAUUCUCCAGCUCAUAUGGCCACUUCUUCAGGCUAUUGUUUGGGGACAUCUCCUGAAAAGAUACUCACCGGAAUCGUUAGAUCCGUCGAACAUGCGGAACAGCGAAAAGCACGCUUCAAUAUUCCUGAUUCUGUUGCUAGAUCGUUCGCUGAUGCUUCCACCGCCACCGCAACAUUUCACCAACCGAGUGAAGGUCCCAUCAGUGAUCUCACCAUGACCGAUGCUCCUGCAACCGACCUCGACCUGCUUCCUCCAAGUCCUCAUAUCGUAGUCUCAUAUGUCUUGUGGACCUUGUGA